AUGUCGGAGUGCUCUUCGACUACACCAUCUAGAGCUGGUACGCCAGUUGCUGCGCUCCCAGAGACCAUCACUGCACGAGCGUAUCGAUUUGCAUGGGACCAGGCUUCGCGUAGGGGCCCCGAAAGCGUCUCGGGGACCACCGAAGGCAGGGGAGACUACAUAACAGCGAAGCCACGUCUGGACUUGUUUGGCGCAUCCUCUUCGACACUACCUCUUGGAUCAAUACCGGCGGAGUGGAGCAGCUCCAAACAUGGGUUCAACGCCAUAUCUACCGUCCUUAACAACCCUCACAAACGCCAAGCGCCUCCCAAAGCGCACUCUGCAUUGCCCGCCGUGCCCCCAGCCGAUCUCCCGCGCGUACGUCGGAAAGACUUUGAUGGUUACCUCCGCGUCGUUGGUCCCGAAUGGACACAGUUCGAGAAGAACAUGCAGCUCGGGCAAGAGGGUGCCGCCCAUCUUUCUGAUAGUCUCGGUGAAGGGUCCUCUUCCAUGCUGCGAACGCCGCCACGGAGUCUUCCACCCCUGGAUACCGUUCCAUCUGUAUUCUUCAAGCCUGACUUCAGUUUGGGAGAUGCACAGGUAUUUCGCGAAGUUACUGAACAAGGGGAGGACGGCGGAGAAGGGCUUGACCCGUCGUCACUGUCAUAUUCCCUCCCUCUGCUAGAGAAGCUAUCGCAUUACGCGGAUACGGUCGAGCAGCAUCUGGUGCAGGAGAUAUCCAAGCGCUCUUCGUCCUUCUUUGCUGCACUGACGAACCUCAACGAGCUGCAAACGGAGUCCGAAGAAUGCCUUGAUCGGAUAUCGAAACUACGUGGGCUGCUGAAGGAUGUAGACGAGAAGGGAUCGAAGAAGGGUCUCCAGAUCGUACGGAAGGAAGCGCGGCUGAGGAAUAUGGGCAGGGUGAAGGACAAUGUGAAAUUCAUCAGUGGGGUAAUGGAGAUGUCGAGCGUCGCCAAAGGGCUGGUAACUGCGGGGCAAUGGAGCGAAGCCUUAGACAUCAUCGAGGAGAUAGAAUCCCUGUGGGAUGACAGCGCGCUCUCGACUAGCGAUCCUCCACCAUUGUCUGCGACAACUUCGCGACCUUCGAUGCUAGAACCUGUCUCUGAAGCGCCCGGCUCCUUGCAAGAACCUUCGCACAAAAGUAUUCGAAGCCGCCCGCAUCCUCCAUUAUCCACGCUUCAUGCAUUUGCGUCGCUUCCAGAGCACCUGCGCGUUCUGUCCCUCAAUAUCACCACUUCUUUAUCGUCAGAAGUCGUCGAAGCCCUUCGCUCAGACUUACUUGACCGAGUGAAUACACCUUCUGAGCAUCCUAGCGAAUCUCCGACAUGGACAACCCGAAAUGAAUCACUCGGUGAUCGAUUACGACCGCUUCUGAACAAUCUAAUGCGUACGAAAGGUGUCAAAAGCGCCAUGCUGGCCUGGAGGGACGUGGCUUUGAGUGAGGUUAAAAGUAUUGCCAUACGGCAUCUGUCUGGUUUCACUAUAGAUGAUCUAAUACCAAACUCUGACUCCGAUAACAAGAGCGAUUCUAGACCUGGACUUGGGAACCACCUUCGGAACCUAGAGCAGCCCGAGUUCCUCUCACUGAUAUUAUCCGUGUAUCACAGCUAUAUAACGUGUGUGGAAGGCCUGCAGGCACAGGGACGCAUCAUUAUGGAAGGGCUGAGUUGCGUCAGCUCGAUCACUUCCUCGACUUUGCAGAGCUUGGAGGAAGAGCUCGCGGAUAUACUGUCUUCGGCGACGGAGUUGAGCAAUUCAGUUGCUGCGAGUCUCAUAAGCCCACGGUCCGAACGCCACGCGUCCUUGGAGUUGCCAGAGUUCAUGCAGUUUUUCGACGAAUCCUGGAGCUUCGUGGUGAAAUGCGAGGUAAUUUGCCGUCGAAUGAUCGUUGGUCUGCGAGGCGUGGUCGUUAGCCAGGCCAAAGUUUUCCUGCAAAGCUUCCAUCAACAGAGAUUGUCACGCUCGGCGAAGCUUGUCGAAGACGAACAAUGGAACCCUGCUGAGAUCUCACCCGCUGUCCAGCACAUGACAAACAUCAUCAUUGAUUCCGCUGUGCACGACUCUGCAGAGCUGGUUUUCAAAUCCAAUGGUUCUUCUGCGGUGCCCGAUCCUUCGGCGAAUGGCGCUCACCCACCGCCUCCAGAACCCAGCUCCCCUAUCCCUCGUCCCACAAAGGCAAACGGUACAGCUUCGAAACAUCUCCAUAUCGAAGAGCGGACGUACUAUGCCGUCUCUGCCACGACAGCAUCUCUCGCGCUCCUUCUCGACUACAUUCGUCUUGUUGUCAAUUUGUCUAUACUGACAACCGAUGCAAUGAGUCGUGUGAUUGAAUUUAUGAAGGCAUUCAAUUCUCGGACAUGUCAAGUUGUGCUCGGAGCUGGCGCCAUGCGAUCAGCGGGCCUAAAGAAUAUCACAGCGAAGCAUCUGGCGCUCGCGUCACAGUCAUUAUCUAUAAUGAUCGUGCUAAUACCUUAUGUGCGGGAAACCUUCAGGCGGCAUCUGAGUUCAAAACAGGCCAUCAUGCUGGUGGAGUUUGACAAGUUGAAACGAGACUAUCAAGAACACCAAAAUGAGAUCCACGACAAGCUUAUUGCAAUCAUGGGAGAUCGCUUGAGCGCCGUGGACUGGAACGUUCCAAAGCCGGGGGACGGCGUGAACGACUAUAUCGAGAUACUCGUCAAAGAGACUGUCACGCUGCAUAAGGUAUUAACGCGCUAUCUGCCCACUCCCACCGUUGAGUAUGUCAUGAGCCAAGUGCUGGCAGCCAUCAACCACCGCUUGUCAGAAGAGUAUGGGGGGAUCGAGCUACCCCACCAAGAGGCUAAGAAUAGGCUGCUCGCGGAUGCAAGAUAUUUGCAGCAAAAGCUGUCGGCGCUCAAAAAUAUUAGCACGAUGAGUAGUAUGCUCGAGACUGUGGUUUCAGAGAAGGGUGUGCCACGCCCUGCUCUUCCCUCGCCCACGCCAUCAGCCAUCUCUUCCAGCGGGGGGCAGAGUGCGAGUCGCCUCAAAGGAUUUUUAUCGGGGAAGUCAGUACCGCCAACGCCAGCACUCGAUAAGGAUCUUCCGACACCCGUGCCUACCCCUACGCCCCCUAUAGUGUCAGCCACACCAACGUCCGUCCCCUUGCCCACUUCCCCAUCUCCCCCGGUUAUGAAAAGGGCUAGCACCUUAAACGGCAGGCUAGAGCAGUUGAUGGGGGGUCUAGUUAAUCACAACCACAACCUUUUGACAGAGAAGGCCCUGCCUUCCCCUCGGGAAGAACUCCUACCUUCAAAUGGGUUCAAGCAGGUGGAGUCACCUAGGCUAGGUGAAGCGCUCGAUCGGGAUCAGGACGAGAAUGACGGAGUAUCCCGUUCUAUGUCCACGACACCUUCUGGUGAACCACGACAGUCGGAGGCCACUGGGGAGGUUACUUCUUCGCCGGAGUCAUUGGUGCCUCAAAUAGAGGGCAUCACUACCGUUGGGGUAGAUGGUGUUAUUUCCAAUUCCCCCACGCAAGAGGACCAUGACGGUUUGCUUUCGUCACCGUCACCGUCGCCGGCCGCUGGCAAUUCCUAA